CGAUCUAUUCCACUGUCCAAUCACAGCUGGUUUUACAUCCACGGACAACAUGGCGGACGAAAACACGAGUUUAGGAAGUUUACGGAGCUGUGCCGAGGUUUUAAACGAAUAUGCGACGAAAGGAGAACUCAUUGUUGAAGUUAUAGGAUGCAGAAGAUUACAGGAAAACAUUGAAAUACUGACAGAACUGCUGAAAUCUCAAGAAAAUAGAACCAUUCUGCCUGAGUCAGUCUUCCAAGAUGCCUCCUGUCUCCUGGAGGCGGUACUGCAGCACCUGGAGUCCAGCCCCCCAGACGGAUGGAGCCAGGGGGUGUUGGGGACUUCCACGGAAUGUUUCAGAUUUCUCAGGAAUUCCUGUGUUUCAUGCCAAGCAAACCAGCUCAGAGUCUUGAAUGCAGACCUUGUUCCGACCACCACUGCCAUUGUAACUCUUCUCGCAAAGCAACCAGAGCUAUCAAAUGGCAGUCUCGAGGCAGCUGAUUUAGUUGUACAAGUCUCUUCAUCCCAAAUGCUGGCUCUACGCUGUGCUGUCCAGUUGCUAGGCAACCUGUCAUCAGGGAACCCGUCGUCCCAGGAUGUCGUGUGGCAGGCAGCAUACCCAGAUGUCUUCCUGUCAGCCCUGGGAUGUCCUGACCCCACAGCAGCAGGGUACUGCUGUAUGGUCCUCCAUGUCUGUCUGAAUGACACCACCAUGCAGCAGCUAGUGUUGGACACUAAGGGCCGCCUCCUGGUGCAGACUGUGCUGGACCUGUGUGAGAGACAGCCUGAUCUAGACUGGGGACUGUUGUUAGUGACUGAAAAGUUCCUGAUGUCCAAGUUCUUCCUGCCCAAUGUUUACAGUACACUUCCAUUAGAAACCAGGAUCAUCCUGCUUGACAUCAUCUCAGCUAAGAUAGGAGAGAGUGAGAGCAGCAGUCCUGGUGAGGAGGAGGACCAGGUCCUGCCUGUCUUUGUGUUGGAGUUCCUGGCAGCCGAGUUCCAGGAAAACUUCCAAACAAUCCUGUCUGUAGGGGAGAACACUGAGAACCUGGAAGCAGUUAUUAUUAUGAAGCUCCUAAAAGUGCUGUGUCUCGGUACGGGACAACAGGAAAAAUAUAUGGAACUCAUCAGGAUGGAGUCCUUACUAGCGUCUGGUGUAGAACUUCUCAGAUUAACUACUGCAGCUGGUAAGCUGGGAGACAACAUUUUCAGUCAGACACAGAAGAUGGUUCCCCCGGACAGUCCUGAUGAUGUCCACCCUGUCCAUGGGCUGAAGAGAGAUCUCAUCCGGCUGCUGGGAAACAUGUGCUUCCAGAACACGUCCAACCAGGACAAAGUUCGUGAGUUGGAAGGUAUCCCCCUUAUCUUGGACCAUUGCAGCAUAGACGACCACAACCCCUAUAUCAGCCAGUGGGCCAUCUUCACGAUACGUAACCUGUGCGAGGGGAACCAUGACAACCAGGCAGUGAUCGCUGGCCUGGAAAACAAAGGGCUCGCAGACAACAUCGCGCUCAAUGACUUCGGAAUCGAAGUGACCGAGGACGACGGCAAACUGGUGGUAAAAUCAGCAGACAAGUGAGAUACUAAUACGCAGGCUUGCAGUACAGACUCAUGAUAUGCAUACAUGUAAAGUGAAACCCGCCAAAGGGGCAGAAGAAAAGUGGCCACCUUGGACAGGUGG